AUGAGAUUCUCCUCUGAUUGUUUGGUUCGCCAGUUAUUGCGGCAAGGAUCAAAGACAGCAUCUUUCCAUUCGGUGACGAGACGACAACAAACCUCCUCAGUUCGAAUAAUUCCAUCGCGGCAUAGCUUCAGUUUUGACCGAGUUGGUAUCAAGACUAUAGCAAUCCAGGAAUCUGAAAUGCCAGUUCGAAUGCUGGUCCUCGAGACAGAUUCGCCACAUCCUGAUAUUAAGGACGAUAAGGGCGGAUAUAGUGAUAUCCUCAACUCAUUAUUCAAGAAUGCCGGAAAAGAACACGAUCCACCACUGGACAUUGAGACAGAAAUGCACUAUGUUGUAGAUGAUCUUGAGAAUGACCAACAUGGACAUGUUCCUCAAGUUUCUGACAUCGAUCCAUCAAUUAAAGCCAUAUUGAUCACGGGUAGCAUGUACGAUGCUCACGGGGACAAUCCGUGGAUCAAACAAUUAUUGCAGUUCUUGCGAGCUUUGUGGAUUGAACGGAAGGAUAUGAAAUUCAGCGGUGUUUGUUUUGGCCACCAAAUAUUAUCACGGGCUUUGGGAGCAAAGGUUGAACAAGAACCGGCUGGAAGAUGGGAGUUGGCACAUACGGAAAUGAAUCUGACGUCUGUGGGCCAAAAGUUGUUCCAAACAAAGAAUAAAACACUCAGUCUGCACCAGAUGCAUCAGGAUCAAGUGACUACUGUUCCAUCAGCGUCGACAACAGACUUGCUUUCCAAGGACGAUAUCGUGCAUGUUUGGGCCAGUACAGAGCAUACAAAGAUUCAAGGUCUCUAUAUGAAGGAAAGGUUAUUUACCAGUCAGGGACAUCUGGGUUUUGAUGAAGAUAUGGUACAUCGUGAGAUUGAUAUGCGUGUUGAGAGUGGCGGAAUCGAGAAUGAGGAAAUAGCGGAGGAGGGAAAAGACACCGCACAUCUAAGACAUGAUGGGAUGGCGGUCGCUGGUGCAAUUUUGAGAUUCUUCCAUGGAGAUGACCGAGAAAUUCAAUGA